AUGGAUUGGGGCAAUGCUAUGCUUUCGCCAGAGAUGGCCAACCUACCACGGGUUACGGAUGGCGGGCCAUCGAAUAUCGUGCAGUCCACUAACUUCGGAGUCGAAUCUUCCGCAGCUACGGGUCUCAACUUCCCCAACAUCUUAACGGACGACCUGGACUACCUUGAACUGCAUGAUCUAGCCACCCGCAACCCACUGAGGACACUGUCCCCAGCUGCGCUAACUUAUGAGCUGCUCGGGCACCAACCUGGACCUGUAUCGCAGGCAGAACCCGCACCUCAUCCCCCGGCAUUUGGCGUUGAAUCACCCAGCAUUCCCUGGCUGGGACUUGAUACAAUGUGUGAAAGAUCUCAAAAGCAGUGCUCGUGUCUCAAGACCCAGCUCCAAUGCAUUGCCGAGCUGUGUGGACAUGUGGACUAUGACGGACUGAAAUUAGACCAAAUACUGGCCGAUGCACGACAAAUAACCCAAGCCACCGCUCAACAUAUCUGCUGCCAUGCGUGCCAGAAGACAUCAACCGGGCUCAUUAUAUUCACCAUUGCAUUGCAGCGGGUCGUACUUAUGCUCUGUCACGUAUGUAGAAACCCCCAAACUUAUCUUCAAGGGUUGAAGGUUGCGGUUGGGAAUUUUCAGCUAUCGGACGGGGAUGAUCGUGACCACAAGCGAAUGCUCGUCGUGUCGGCCACGGAUCGGCUGGAGGCAGUAGUGAAUAAUUUGGUAGCAGCAGUGCAGAAGUCUCAGCAGAAACAGCAUGAUGGACAAUUCGGAUCCCAAACGGCACGGGCGAAUCUAGACUGGAUAUCAGGGACGCUUCAGACCAUUUGCCGCCGCACCAAGGUGAUGAAAUCCAGGUUGCACUCGGAGACAUGGGGCUAUCAUUCCUCUUCAACCUCAAACGAUGCUAUGCAGACACAAAAGGAGCUCGAUAUUUGUUGA